AUGGCUGAUUAUUUCGACGAAGACGAGCGUCGCAGAGCGGUCUACGGGACGCAAUUUGAAGAGAUCCUGUCCAGUGGUUUUGUGCCUGGAAGUACCGACGAGGAUCUUGAGGCUAGCGAGUUUUUCCAACGCUAUUUCUGGGAGUUUCCUGUUAUCGACGAGGAAAGCUAUUCACUGACUGGCUUGAACCGGACGAGGAAAGCUGCUGUUUGCAGUGUUGAAGAGCAACCUUUCCCUGUGGAAGACUCUUUUACCAAUCCGCUCGAGAACUCUGAAUUGUCUUUUGUCACUGAUCGUUCUUCUGAUUACCGCUCACCUACGUUGAUCCCUCACUCUUCUUUCUCGCGAAGGAGACUAGGCCAAGGACUCCGAUUCAACUCUAGCUUCGAAUAUAGAGCUUUCAUCUACGAAAUAACAGCUGCUGAUCCUUUCGCUGAGAGUUCUGUUGAGAGUUUGUCGGACCAAGGACUUGACAAUCACGGUCGAUUCUACAGUCGUUACCCUCCAGGUCCCUCUGAAGGCCUUUGUGUCUCUCGCGAUAGCUCUUCCGUUGACUACAGCCCGCAUACACUGCGUUUGGGCCCAGCUGGACCUUCUUUGUACUCUUUUGAACUGGAAUCCUCGUUUAACGACGCUACUGAGUAUAUCAGGCUACAAAACUUCUCCGCUCCCAAACGACGCCACCGUACUUUGUUUGCGGGCGCGAUCAGGAAACGCAGAACGACCAGCUCUGGCAUCGGAUCUGCUAUUAAGAACUUAUUUCGUAAAAGGAACACCCGUCGCGCACGUGAAACGAAUUCGUCCUCGGGCUUUUUGAAGAGGUGGAGGGAGCGUCGAUCUGAAACGGCCGUUCAACGCUGUCUUGAAGCUCAGAUACGUCGAAGAGGUUGGUCUCCUAUUUAG